UUCACCUCCUCGCCGUUAUAAAAUCUGCAAGCUAGUUGAGCAGUUCUCGAUUGCCUCAUCUCAUUUCUUCUCCGAAGUCUCAAGUCAACUCUGCUCGGUUCAAAGUUCAGAUGGCAGACAUGAAGAAAUUAGUGCUGAAGUUGGACCUGCAUUGCGAGGAGGACAGGAAGAAGGCCAUGAAAGCAGUUUCCGGCCUUCACGGCAUAGAUUCAAUUUCCAUGGACAUGAAUGACAAGAAGUUGACCAUAACGGGAGCGGUGGACCCAGUCGCGGCGGUGGUCAAGUUGAGGAAAUCCUGGCACACUGAGUUGCUCUCGGUUGGGCCGGCCAAGGAGGAGAAGAAAGAAGAGGCGAAGAACAAGGAAGGGGACAAGGACAAGGAGAAAGGCAAAGAUAAGGAGAAGGAGAAGAGCAAAGACGGUGAGAUCGCCGAGGUGGUGAAGGCCUACCGGACUUACAACGCCUACUACUAUGCUCAGAGUGCAGAGGAGAAUCCUAAUGCAUGUGGGGUUAUGUGAUUAAACAUUCUUUUGAUAUCUUUAUUAGCUAUUUUGAGUUAUUUGUCGAGGAUUUGGGAAGAGAUCUCUAUGAAAAUCUAUCUACGGAGGAUUUUCCAUUCAUGAAGAUUUGAUGUUAUUGUAGUUAAUGUGUUUGUAUAAUUAAU